AUGGAUGAUCUCAGAUUUAAAAAAGGUGGUGUGAUUUGUCUUGGAUCUGAAAGAGGGGGAGACAGGGUGGCAGAAAGAAGGGGAAUGGUUGUGAGUGAGAAGAAAGGGAAGUGGAGAAGAAAAGGGCUGACUGAGGGUGCCAACAAAUCAGUUUAUGCUCCUGAACCUUUUGACGUUGGAAGAGUUUUACAAGUUGAUAUUGUUUCAAAUGGCCAAAAGGCCACCGUAACAACAGUUGGUCCUAUAGAUCCAGCUGCUGCGUUGGGGAGCUAUGUGGAGACACUUUUGAGGAAAUCCAACAGUGAUUUCAGUUUUCUGUUGGCUACGACUUUGGGAAUGCUGAUUCUUUUUGCUUUUCAUUCUAUGGACGUUCCCUUCCAGUUUCUUCAGUGUGCAAGCUUGAAUGAGUCCCUUAAUCUGAGUGCCAACAAAUCAGUUUAUGCUCCUGAACCUUUUGACGUUGGAAGAGUUUUACAAGUUGAUAUUGUUUCAAAUGGCCAAAAGGCCACCGUAACAACAGUUGGUCCUAUAGAUCCAGCUGCUGCGUUGGGGAGCUAUGUGGAGACACUUUUGAGGAAAUCCAACAGUGAUUUCAGUGUAGUUAUCUCCCAGAUGAAUGGACAGAACUACUCGUCCAAUUCUGUUCACAUGUUUCAUGUGGGGAAAAUGAGGAUGAAGCUUUGUAGAGGAUGGAUUACAAAGGCUAGAGAAUCUUAUUCCUUGUCUAUGCAGCUAUGUGGAUUCCGAGGGGGAGGAAAUUCUGCAGCUAAGUCACUGUUUUGGCAAGUAAGGAAAGGUCAAUCGUUUGUAUUAGUGUUUGAAUCAGAGAGAGAAAGGAAUGGGGCCAUUAUGCUUGCCAGGAAAUAUGCUUCUGACUGCAAUGUGAUGCUUGCUGGGCCAGAUGAUCAAACAUUGUUGUAA